GCCUGAACUCACGUGCUCAUGCUGUAACUGGAAGGCGGUGCCUACAAGCAGCCGGUUGGAGGAUUUUUGUUGUUGUUUGUGGGGAAACUACUUUUAAAAAGUAUAAAACAGACUUGUAAAAUGGGAAACCGAGACGACGAAUACGACUAUUUGUUCAAAGUCGUUCUUAUUGGAGACUCUGGAGUGGGGAAGAGUAACCUGCUGUCCCGUUUCACAAGAAAUGAGUUCAACCUGGAGAGCAAGAGCACCAUUGGGGUGGAGUUCGCCACCCGCAGCAUCCAGGUGGACGGCAAGACAAUAAAGGCUCAAAUCUGGGACACGGCUGGACAGGAACGAUACAGAGCAAUCACCUCAGCGUAUUACCGAGGUGCAGUUGGAGCUCUCCUGGUUUACGACAUCGCCAAGCACCUGACAUACGAGAAUGUUGAGCGCUGGCUGAAGGAGCUGAGGGACCACGCUGACAACAACAUCGUCAUCAUGUUGGUUGGAAACAAGAGCGACCUCCGUCACCUCAGGGCGGUGCCCACUGACGAGGCUCGAGCCUUCUCAGAAAAGAACACUGUCUCAUUUAUUGAAACCUCUGCCUUGGACUCCACUAAUGUAGAAGAAGCCUUUAAGAACAUUCUCACAGAAAUCUACCGUAUUGUAUCUCAGAAGCAAAUAUCGGACAGAUCCGGAAAUGAUGAGUCCCCAGGCAACAAUGUAGUGGACAUAAACCUCCCCCCAACCUCCGACGGGCAGAGGGGAAACAAACUCCCUUGCUGCCAGAGCCUGUGACACUUUCCUUUUUCUUGUUUGACUUUCUGUGGGUCUUUGCUCUCUUCACCUCUGGUUUACAUCAGUUGUCAUGCUGCUGCCAUCAUGAUUUCCUCAUGGGUUCAAAAGUCUGUGACACUGAGACUUGACAUUCCGUCGUGCUGGGUUCUUCUUUGUUUGUUUGUCUGAUUUCAGAAGAAACUGUCUACAAUAAUUUACAGCCUCACAAUAGCCUGGAAAAGGAGAAAGCUCUUACACCAUUGAUCUCAAAGCUGUAGUAACUUAUAAUUACUUUUUAAUCAACUAGCCUUUAUGGUCCCAUUGACCUGUUCCUGUUGAGGGAAUGGUGAGGAAUCAGUAGACCUGUGUAUCAGUGCUUCAAGUGGUUUCUACUUGCCUCCUUUUCUCAGCUUGCAAUGACAGACUUCUGUUGUGAUCUGCGACAGUGGAAUCCCAAUUUCAUGUCUGGUUGACCUGAUUCUGCCUGUCAUGCAAUCAGGGUGUAGAAGCGGAGACAAGGAGAAGGUACCACUGGGGUAUUGAUGUGUUCUGUCUGGAUUUUCAAUUUGUCUCUUUAAUUUCCCUCUUUGAGCCCUGUGCCCACUGUGGCAUGAAAUUAGCAUGAGCCAGGGACCAGACUGGCUGUGACUGUCUGACUUAAUAUGGGCAAGCUUGAAACAAAUGAAGUGUUUUUAUUUGUGUGUGUGUGUGUGUGUUAAAGUUGGUGCACAAAGAUACCAAAGGAAACGGAUGCAAUCGUUACCAGUUUUGGGUUUUCUCAUUCAAGCGUGGCUGCUAAGGUUGCAUUUCAUUGCUCUCUCCGGCAAACCAGUCCAGGCUUCGCAAAACAAUGUGUAAUGCUAUAUAGAAAAGUAAUGUUAUAAAUUGUGCUGUGUGAUUUAUUAUUUGUAAUGAUAGUAUCGGCCUGGAUUAAGCCUUGUGUUUCUCUCUUGAGUUGGCUCAGGUCAAACUCUGUUUUAACAGGUUGUCUCAUAAUGAAAAUCUCUUUUGCACUCAUGUUCAAUAAUUUCAGUGGAACAAAUCCUAUUUUUAAAAUACACUCAACACCUUUAUCAAGUAACAUUUUCCUGUUGGUCGAAAAGGAAAAAAAGCACAUUAUGUAGUGUUUUUUUUUUUUUUUUGUCUUAAACAGAAUUUGUCUUGUACUUGAUAACCCUUGCUGUCAUUUGAAUGUGAUGUGUGUUAAAGGGAAAUGGAUCAAGAUGUGUGUAAUCUGAAACAUUUUAAAUUACCAAAUUAAAAAUUGUUCUUUCACUCCA